CUUUUUAACAGUGGAUACCAAAAUUAUUGAGAUUGUUCUCCUUCUGUGACUGACAGGCUCACUUACUUGGAAUUUAUGUCAUUUAACUGCUUUUCCACAUUCAUCCAAAGCCACCAAUAACUCAACCACAUAUCACACACACAAACACAAACACACAACACUUUCUUUCUCUAUCCUCCACUGUUCAAUAUCAUACUCCCUCCGUCUUAUAUAAUUAAUUUAUGAGAAUUAUUGUAGAAAAACACAAUAUAACAUUUUCUUUGACUUAUAGAAUUUGCUACGAUUAUUAUUUCGAUUAUGAUCUGCACUCUUCUUUGAUUGUCAUCUACAACAUUUCUCUCAACUUACCCUUAUUUUCCAAACCCAUUAAAAAUACGCAGAGUUAACUUAUUUAGCUAGCUUAAAAGUAGUUAAAAAACAAAUCGCAAACUAAAAAAGUCCUCAUUUGACAAACACUGCAGCAAUUCUUUAGGGAUGCAGGGUGUAUAUUUAUAAUUAUGUACAGGCAUUCCCCUCUCUACAACUCAUUUAGAACUCUCUAAACCUUUACUUCAAAAAACCACCAAAAAGAACAAUAUGGGAGUAUGUGCAAGCAAUAACAGAGAAAAAUAUGCAUCAUGGGAGAAAGAUCCAAGGAUAUUUAUACAUAAACUCAAGCUUUUACAACAGGAAAUCAAUGGAAUUCUCAAGCAAAGAGAGGAAGAAAGCCAAGUUUAUGAACAAGAACUUAUGGUUUUUGCAUUUAGGGAAGCAGAAUGGAAGAGGGAAAGGAAGAAAUUAAGGGAAGAAGUCAAAAAAUUGCAAAAAAAAUUGGAGGAAAAAGAAGAGAAGAUUAGAGUAAUGGAAGAAGAGUUUGGAAAUGGUUUAAUGGUUAAGAAAAGUGAGAAAAUAGAGUCAAAUGAUGGUAGUAGUAGUAGUAUUGGAGUUAGUAGUAAUAAUACAAUAUGUUUGAUGGAGAGAAUGAGGGAAGAAAGAGCUAGAAGAGAUGAAGCUAUUGAGAAAUGGAAAAUGUUGUAUCUUGCUAUUAAACAUGAAUUGGAUGAUCUUAUUAAGAGGACCCAUGAAGGGACACUUUACUGGAAAGCAGAAGAUGAAAAUUUGAUGGAGGAGCUACAAAAAGAAGUACAAGCCAAAGAUGAAAUAAUUAAAGUGCUAAAAGCACAGAUAGCUUCAAUGGAGGAUCAAGAUUAUACAAGGAAAAGAGAAAUUGAUAUUCUGAGACAAAGCUUGAGGAUAAUGAGCAGCAAUAAGGGAACUAAUUCUUCUAUACAUGUUAAGAGUGCUUUUACUAAGAGUCUCUCUAAGCUUGCAUUUGUGAACUAAUUACAUAUAUUUGUGAUUUGUUGUUGUAUCAUUAUUAGCAUAAAUUAUAAUGCAAUCAAACAUAAUAUAAGUGUUUUAUCAUAAUCAGUGUAUGCCGUUCAUAGAAAAACAUAAUAUAAGUGUUUGAUAUUCAUUAA